AUGUUCAGCGGUUCGUCAACCGUGGCGUCGCAGCGCACCCCUGCGAUGGGAGAUAUCGAUCCCGAGGACGGCAGCGUCGAGGCCUUCAAUCGCAAACAGAAGGCAUUCAGAGAGCAGUUGGUGGCAGCUCAGAAGGAGCGGGAUGCUAGUGGGUUCCUUUCUUCCUCUUCCCCAGACACCGGCGAUGCUCCUAAGGGCUUGGGUUCACUAAGCACUGCUUCUACCUCAGAACGAGCAGCAGAGAUUGCCGAGAAGGAGCCACCCCGGAAGGCAGGCCCCCUGACCAACCUCAUCUAUGGCACAAAGGAGGGCCGCGAGCUUGACGCCCAGCUCGAGGCCAGCUUCAGCCAGGUCAUCGCGCGGGGCAAGUAUGUGCACAGCAUCGUGUUCCACGAGGUGAAGCCCGACAAGGUGAACGAGUACGCUGAGCUGGUGGGCAACUGGUACCCCCGCAUGGCCUCCCUGCCGGAGAAUAAGGUUCAUCUGGUUGGAAGCUGGCGGACAGAGGUGGGAGAUGUUGACACCUUCGUCCAUAUCUGGGAGUACCAACGAUACACGGGCUACCACACCUCUCUCCACAACAUCUCAUCCCAUCCCGAGUUCCCUGAGUUCGACAAGAAGCUAAGGUCACUCAUCACAUCCAAGAAGACCUCAGUAAUGCAAGAGUUCAGCUUCUGGCCCACCACGCCACCGCGAGAGCUCGGCGGUGUCUUCGAGCUCCGGUCCUACACACUCGGUCCCGGAAACCUGCUCGAGUGGGAGACCCACUGGCGGAGGGGCCUGAAGGCUCGGCGUGAGGUGAUGGAGGGCGUGGGGGCUUGGUUCGUGCAGAUCGGCGACCUUAACACGGUGCAUCACCUCUGGCAGUUUGCCAACCUGGAAGAGCGGAAGAUCCGUCGUGAAGAUUCUUGGCGCAUACCCGGCUGGGCGGAUACGGUCCACAAGACGGUGCCCUUGAUUCAGAACAUGAAGUCGAGGAUCCUGAUCCCAAUGCCCUGGUCGCCGGUGGCCUAA